AUGGCGACCACCAGCGUAUCACAGUACGUCAGCCUGGCGAAGACGUUACCUCCCAAGCUCCAGCGGUUCUUCGCACGAUACCCACCAACCCAGAUCCUCAACCCGCUUGCGGAGGGUGAAUUCCCCAAGACUGCCUACCAACAAGAACGGCGGAAUCCAUUCCAACCCAAGAAGUUCCACCCCACAGGCAAGGUUCACAACCCAGUAUACUCGCUCAGGAGGCAGGCGGAUCUGGUGAAGCUGGCUCGUGAAAAUGGUGUCGAGGAGCUGCUGCCCUUCACGGCCAAGAAGACGGAGGAGCAGCUGAAGUUCCGGGUCAAAUAUGGCUUGAGGGUGAAGGGCACGGGCGUGGACCAGAAGGUCAAGGGCAAGAUCCACGAAAGACAAUUGGCUACCAAGAUGGAGAAGAGGAGAGAAGCCAUGCUCAAGAUGCCGGCGCUCAUCAGGGAUUGGAAAGCGGUUGGGCGGAAGAACUGGACCAGAUGGCCCAAAUAG